AUGGAGGCUUCUGCAUCGUUAUCGCCAGUGGGUUCGGAGUUGCGCCCGGCGACCCAAGCUGUACCCUUUGAUGAGACUGUCGCAGCCCAGCGGCCCCUUGCCAUUCGUUCAGUCUCACUGCCCACGCCGUCCGAUGCGCCACACGAACCUAAUGGCCGGUCCUUCAGCACCAGCGUCGCCUCUCCUGAAUCCGACCAUCGUCCCGCGACAGCUCGCUCGGUUCGCAAUACUCAAGGGAAUGGAGGACUGACGCCACCAACACCAUCGGGCGAGGAAUUUGGGACACCUAGGUCGGAGGAUGAUCAAUCGGUAGCACCUUCGUUGCGGAGCGUGCCUAGUAUCGUCAUUCAUGACAGCUCUCGUCCGAGCUCACGUCCCGGGUCUCGGCCAGGUUCUCGAUGGUCGGAACGCAAAUGGGGUGGACUGCGAAAGAGAUCGGCAGAGUUGGAACGCAAAAUGAGUACGGAGGAGCUUCCUCCUGUGCCUCAGAUCGAGCCAGAGUUCAGUGGAAUCAGCUUGGACAUACCGACGGCAUCCCUAGGCGGGCUGGGCCAGGGUAUGAAAUUUUCGACCCGUGGCAGUCUCAUCAGAGACCGAUCCAAACGUCCAUAUCCUGCGCUGCCGAAAGACAAGCACUUGGAGGGAUUGUCUGAACAGGGCUCCGCACCGAUCUCAGAGGAGCCAUCUGUUCAACCAGUGACGGAGACAGACGCGGUACCAGAGCCCGCACCUUCGACGCCAAGUGUCAAGGACGAGUCGAACGAUGAAAACCAUAAUGCGGCGAAUGGUGACAAGAAAGAUGCGACAAACGGUGCUCCCAAGGCAGUGCCCCGUGCCAGGCCACAAAGUAGCCUCCGCCCAAGGCAAACGAGCCUCCAGAGUAGAGCUAUCUCUGCAGAUGAGGAUAUGCUAUCCCGACGCGUUCGGCUGAUGUAUGAGAAGGGCCAUGACAAUGUCACUGAUGCUGAAAUCGCCAAGGCAAUGGCGUCUGAGAAUGGCGUUCUCUGGGAAGAGCCCACUACCCCCGACAUUGAGACUGCUUCCACACCCGCCCCAGAGAUGAAGGUGACUGACCACAAGGGUCGAGCUUCUGAAGAAGUUGAGCGCAUCAGGAUGAAGAGAGAGACACGAGAAUUGGCAGGAGGCAUCGAGUAUUGGCAAGAUGUGGGGGCAGGACAAGUUGAUCGUUAUGGAUUCAUUCACGCGCCGGCCGAUGAGCCUCAUCCUAUCCAAAGGGUGACCACGAGCCUUCUCCUUGCCUCGGAGACCCCUCGGCGGAAGCGUUCAAUUCGACCAACCACUGCUCGUGCAAGCACUCGCUCCUUCAGCGCUAGAUCCCCCACACGCAACCCCUCUCAGAGCUCUGCGACUGGUCGUCCAACCUCAUCAGCAAGCACACACAGUAUGCCUGUCCGGCGUUCCACAUCGCGUCUUCGGUCCGCGACCAACCAUCUCCCACACAACAGAGAUCGAAAGACCAAGGACGAGGCCGGUGACAUGUUGACUUUGCCUGGGGAUGUCCUGGGCGAAGGCCAAGACGCUGCUGCUGCACGUGCAAUGCGGAGGAAGGAGUGGGAGCGCGAGGACAAGUGGACCAAAAUGGCGAAGCCAGUCAAGAAAACCCGUGAUGGUGGCGGCAUGAAAUUCGAAUUUGACACGCACAGCAGCAAACUGAUUGAGCGAACGUGGAAGGGUAUCCCCGACCGGUGGCGCUCAACAGCUUGGUACUCGUUCCUUGAAAGUAGUGCAAAGCGUCAUGAAAACAGUCCCCCCGAAGACGAACUCAUUGCAGCCUUCCACGACUACCAGUACAUCUCCUCGCCGGACGAUGUCCAAAUUGAUAUUGACGUGCCCCGCACGAUCACCAGUCACAUUAUGUUCCGUCGGCGGUAUCGUGGUGGACAAAGGCUGCUGUUCCGAGUGCUUCAUGCCAUGUCAUUGUACUUCCCUGACACUGGAUACGUGCAAGGUAUGGCGGCGCUAGCGGCAACGUUGCUGGCAUAUUAUGAUGAGGAGCAUGCCUUCGUUAUGCUUGCGCGACUUUGGCAGCUACGUGGCCUCGAGGAGCUGUACAGGUCGGGAUUUGCUGGUCUUAUGGAGGCCCUGGAUGACUUUGAGCGAGAGUGGCUCGCUGGUGGUGAAGUGGCUUCGAAACUGAACGAAGUCGGAAUUCCUCCCACUGCGUACGGCACGCGGUGGUAUCUCACCCUUUUCAAUUAUUCCAUUCCUUUCCCUGCCCAACUCCGAGUGUGGGACGUGUUCAUGCUCCUUGGGGAUGCGGACGACUUCACUGCAUCUGCCCGGCCAAACACCUCGUCCGGCAAGGCCAAGAAGGACUUGCCUGCCCCCCACUCGAGCACUUUCGGCCAAGGUCUUGACGUCCUUCAUGCCACCUCCGCGGCCCUCAUUGACGGCAUGCGCGACAUAAUUCUCGAAUCUGAUUUCGAAAACGGCAUGAAAGUCCUCACCAGCUGGAUCCCAAUCAAGGACAUUGAAAUCUUCAUGCGCGUUGCCAAAGCAGAGUGGAAGGUCCACCGUCGCAAGAAGGCGACAUAA